AUGUCGCAGACGGGGCCGUUGUCGCACGCGGGGUCGUUCGACUGCGCGGGGAUGAUCUCCGUGAGCGCGGCGAUCGCCUCCGCGACGUCCGCGGGGUCGUCCAGCGGCGAUUUUUCGUCGCUGCAGAGCCGAAAUUUUCUCUCCAGCCCCCGCCGCCCUUCGCUUCCCCCGGGAUCGGCGAUGAUCUCGCCGAUCGCGUCGAACGCCGCCCUCACCGCGUCCGCGCACGCGUCCGACCCGCCCACGACCGACGCCCGCAGCGCGUCGCCCACGACGGCGUCGUACCCGGGCAUCGCGAGCGACGCCUGA